GCUAAAGAAUUAUGCAACACAGCCAGCAGAGAGCACACACCUCAGCCCUGCAGUUCAGUAAACAGGAAACCUUCGACGAAACAGGGACAGCCAUGAGCUAUCUUCCUUUUAUCUCUUUAGAAACUUGGAUUCUGUUGAUCUCAUUUAUCUGCAUAUUCGUUUGGUAUGGCCACUCGACUUACGGCGUAUUUGAGAAAUUGGGAAUCCCAGGUCCCAAGCCGGUGAUGUACUGGGGGACAAUUGGCAGAUUUAACCAUGUUUACUACUUAGACGACAACGAAUGUGCUAAGAAGUAUGGAAGAGUAUGGGGCUGUUAUGAACUCAGAAGACCCAUGUUGGUUGUAAAGGAUCCUGACAUGCUGAAAAUCAUCCUGGUGAAAGAGUGCUUCACCUAUUUUACCAAUCGGAGGAACUUCCGUCUGAAUGGAGAGCUCUAUGAUGCAGUAAAUAUUGCCAUGGAUGAUCAGUGGAGGCGGAUACGUAACAUCGUCACUCCUUCCUUUGCUUCCGGCCGUAUAAAAGAGAUGUUCCACACCAUAAAACAUCACUCCCAUAAACUGACAGAGAGCCUGCGAUCCAAAGCACACAACGAAGAAGUUGUUACCGCUAAAGACUUCUUUGGGCCCUACAGUAUGGAUGCGAUGGUGAGCUGUGGCUUCAGUCUGGACCUGGAUUCAAUCAAGGACCCUACAAAUCCCGUCAUUACCCAUGCCUCAAAGAUUUUCAGAUUCCCCAUACCUCUUUUCAUGUUUCAAGGGUUUUUCCCAUUUUUUCUUCCUCUCUUGGAACUGUUGGGUGUUUCUUUAUUCUCCAAGUCCUCUACUACGUUCUUUAAAGCAGUUAUUGAGAAGAUACGAGCACAACGGCAUGGCAAAUCAAGAGAGAAAUUUCCAGAUAUUCUUCAGAAUUUCAUCAACUCUCAGACUGAACACACUGAACACAGUAAAGAAAAACAGAAUAAGGGUCUUACGGAUCAUGAGAUUAUUUCUCAAGUCACAAUGCUUUUGUUUGCCGGUUACGAAACAAGUGCCACCACUCUGGUUUUCUUGGCCUACAAUUUGGCAAGAAAUCCUGAGGUCAUGAAACGGCUGCAAAAGGAGAUUGACUCAACCUUCCCAAAUAAGGGUCCGGUUCAGUAUGAUUCUCUCAUGCAUAUGGAGUACCUCGACAGUGUGAUCAAUGAGUGUCUGAGACUCUAUCCACCAGCUGCACGUCUGGACCGAAUAGCAAAAGAAACUGUUAAAAUCAAUGGAAUCACAAUCCCAAAGGACAUGAUUGUCAUGAUUCCAAUCUACGCCUUGCACCAUGACCCUGAGCUGUGGCCUGAGCCAGAGGAGUUCAAACCUGAGAGGUUUAGUAAGGAGAACAAGCAACACAUCCAACCAUACACCUACCUACCCUUUGGAGUUGGCCCAAGGAAUUGCUUGGGGAUGCGACUUGCUCUGGUGGUGAUUAAACUGGCCUUGGUGGAAGUCUUGCAGGAAUAUAGCUUCUUGGCCUGUGAUGAGACAGAGAUCCCUUUGACGAUGGACCCCCUUGGCCUUGUUGGGCCCCUUCGUCCGAUCAAGCUAAAGCUGGUGGCCCGCUAAAGCCACACAGCAAACCCAGAUAACUGCAGCUGAGAACAAUCUAGAGGCUAAGAUAUGCUGUAAAUCAGUUCUUUGAAUCACAGUUUGAUAAAAGUAAGUUGAUAAGUUGAUCACAUUGAAUUCCUCUCAGUGCGACAGGAAUGUUUUCAAUCAAGAUAUUCAUCAUUCGUAUUAAUAAGUGAAAUACUUUAUGUCAAAAGAAUGUUGUUGAUAGACAAAAUUCCACUGAAUAUCAAAGCACAAAGCACUGAUCCAGAUAAGGUACUGUAUCUCCUAGAUUUUGUAUUUUUUAUUUUUUAUUAUGACCAUGGAUUAAAAAUGAAAUGUAUGAAUCAUUGCAAACUUUAAAAAAAAAUUACAGGAAAAAAGAAUCGCUUCUGUCUUCAACUUCUUGUGCAGCCUCUUGUCUCCAAACCUUUCAAUUAGGGAUUUUCUAUCCAGGAUCAGGGAUUAUAUAUAAAUGUGUCCUGUUAAACUUGUACUCUGUUCUCUGGUGUUUGUGGCAGAUUUUAACAGUGCAAAGUAUCUAGUGUGACUCCUGACAUGAGUAAAAUUAUUAUUUAUAUUUGAAUAGGUAACAAAUUUAUGACAUCAUCAAUGCAUCACAUGUAUUUAAUGACAUCACAACGUGAUUAACAUCAUUGAUGACAUAGAUGAUAUUAAUCACAUCAGAGUGACAGUAGCACCGCUGGUUAGAGCGAUGUGUUCCCCAGGUUUCCCUAAGGCCAGCUCACUCAUUUACACAGAGUUAAUCUCCCUUCCUUUUCACCUCCGUUACUACAUCCCAAGGUAGAACACAGUUUCUUCCCGUCAUGUUUCUGAGGACUCACAUAAACCGCAGCAGAAACACUGAAGACCCAGAAUCCUUAGUGUUAAAUGCUCAGACGUCCACAUUUUGGUUCAGUAAUAUAUCUGUUCCUAAUCUCUACCAAUUGUGAAUGUGGCUGACUGCCCAAAUCCAUACAUCCAUGAGUAAUACUUGUUCUCCCCUACAGUAUAUCAACUGUGAUACAAGAUUCAGUUUGAUUUAUGGACUGACAGUAUGUUUAUUCAUCAGUUGAUUUAAACCUUAAUUAUUCAGAUACGUGGAAUAAA